CAACCACUCACAAUAAUGGGAACCACUGCUAUAAUAUCUCCCGGUGGCCCGUGCUUUAAGCUUCACUUCGCAGAGCUCUUUCCUUUAUCCCUUUCCAAAAUGGACCGCCUUUCUCUCCCCCCUGUUCUCCUCCUCUUCCUCCUCUCAUCCGUUGUUGCUGCAGCGGUCGUUUCUGACGUCAUCAGCGAAGACGAUCCGCUGAUCCGUCAAGUCGUGUCCGACGGCGCCAGGGAAGAUUCCGAUGGCCACCUCCUUAACGCCGAGCACCACUUCACGCUGUUCAAAUCCAAGUACGGGAAAGCCUACGCCACGCAGGAGGAGCACGAUUACCGAUUGGGAGUCUUCAAGGCUAACCUCCGUCGGGCCAAGCGUCAUCAGCUCCUGGACCCCACCGCCGUCCACGGCGUCACAAAGUUCUCCGAUUUAACCCCGUCGGAGUUCCGCCGUCAGUUCCUUGGUUUGAGACCGCUCAAGCUCCCAGCCGAUGCUCAAAAGGCCCCCAUCCUUCCAACCAACGACCUACCGGCCGACUUUGACUGGCGCGAUCACGGCGCCGUUACUGGCGUUAAAGACCAAGGCUCCUGUGGAUCAUGCUGGUCGUUUAGUACAACAGGAGCUCUGGAAGGAGCCCAUUAUCUGUCGACAGGGGAGCUUGUGAGCUUGAGUGAGCAGCAGCUUGUUGAUUGUGAUCACGAGUGUGAUCCACAAGAAUAUGGUGCGUGUGACUCAGGGUGCAAUGGUGGGCUCAUGACCACUGCCUUUGAGUACACCCUAAAGGCUGGUGGACUGGAGGAGAGGAACUACCCUUACACCGGGAAUGACCGCGGAGCCUGCAAAUUUGACAAGAGCAAAAUUGCCGCCUCGGUCUCUAAUUUCAGUGUCAUUUCCGUCGAUGAGGAUCAAAUCGCUGCAAAUUUGGUGAACCACGGUCCACUUGCAGUGGGUAUCAAUGCAGUUUUCAUGCAGACAUAUAUGAAAGGAGUUUCAUGUCCAUACAUUUGCGGGAGGCAUUUGGAUCAUGGGGUGCUUCUUGUAGGGUAUGGAUCUGCCGGUUACGCCCCGAUCCGCUUCAAGGAGAAGCCUUACUGGAUCAUCAAGAAUUCCUGGGGAGAAACUUGGGGAGAGGAGGGAUAUUACAGGAUCUGCAGGGGUCGCAAUGUUUGUGGAGUGGACUCUAUGGUCUCAAGUGUAGCUGCCUUGCAUACAAAGUCACAGUAGAUUUUCUUCGGAAAUAUUAAGUAAUGAUAAUGUAGCCUUACAUAUAUUUCCAGAUUUAUGCCAGUAGUUAAGACUUCUGUAUUUUGCUCUGGCUGGAAACUGAAUACCCUUAGGGGGGCGUAUGCUAGAGAUAAUUAGUAAAUAGUUGUGUACUAAUUAAGAUUUCUGGGAUGUAAGACUUGAGGUUUACUCUAUAUGGAACUUGUAAUGUUCCUAAUGAAUGAUCUCUGGGUUAGGCCAA